CCAGUGCUGCUGCCACCACUGCCAUGUGCUAUAAAAGAAGUAUGGACACACACAAGGUGUUUUGCCCUGCUUAAUGACAAAUGAGAAAGGAGCAUUGACAGAUCAAUUUCAACUGGCAACGCAGCUAACGUUACAGUAGAAGUUGUUUACUAGCUGGAAUUAAAUAUUACAGUAGCCUACCUCUGAUCAGCGAAUAAUACCAGCAGCUAGCAAGCAUGGCUCCAGAUCUCACUAAUUAAUUUAGGCAGAUAAUAUGGAGUAAAAUCCAUUGUCAUCAAAUAGUCUGUCUCGAUACAGCUAGCUAGUAUUGUAAACGUAUGGCGCUACUACAACUAGCUAUUUAGUUAUCUAGCUAAAUCCAAUUGUUACAACAUGACACGCAAAAGUACAUGACCAUCAUUUUAGACCACACCGAGUUCAACGUUGUUUCCGUUUACUGUUACCAGAGAAACGCGCUGCCCAAUCAAAAGUCGUUUGGUAGGGACCUUCGACUCAGUAACCAAUCUAAUCCCGCAUUGUUGUAAAAAUUAGUCAGUUUGAAACACAAACCUAGCGAUUUGAACCUGUCAAGAUCAACAAGUUGAUAACACAAAACAAACGCAAGACGAAGGCAGUUCGAUAUACUCCAAAGCACCAAGAUGUCCUCAGAUGAAGGGGAUCCGAGCAGUCCAGUUCUGCCAGGGGACUCAGAUCAGGGCAGCUCGGUCUCCUCUGAGCUGCAGGAUGAAUAUGAAGAACUUCUCCGCUACGCAGUGGUCACUCCUAAGUAUGACCCACAGCCCGCCACUCAACUGCAGCUUCUAAGUGCCUCACAACUGUCUGCGGAUGGACGGAGUUCCCGUGGAAAUGAUGACGCGGGGUCCCAUCGCUCAGCAGGCUCAGUUUCUGAAGCUGAAGAUGGGAGACGCUCUAGCAGGGGAGUGAGGUCAGCACGGGCCUCCCCUUUUAUGGUGGAGCCCAGGGCACACUCACACACCUUUGAGGGUAAUGAAGAGAUGGCUGGCAGGUCAUCUGUUGUCUCAGACGCUCACUCAGACAGACUGCCGACGCCGUCGGAGAGCUCCAGACACGGCAGUCCAGACCCCCUGGUCACCGUGGUGACAGAGAUGUUUGUCUCUGAGGAGAACCUGAACAAGAUGGAGAACAUCCUGGACACCUGGAGCGACAAGCUCAAGGCCAACGUGCUGAUGGAGCUGAGGAAGUGGAAGCUGGCCUUCAUGGAGCAGCACAAGCUGGAGGUGAGGAAGGAGAGGGAGAAGCAUGCUGCCUGUAUAGCAGGCCUCACUGCAGAGAUGGACAGCCUGAAGGAACUGCUCCACACCUAUGAGACCUCCAACCAGAGGAAGGACGAGGUGAUAGUGAACCUGAGCCAGGCUGUGGACAGACAGAGGGAGAGGCUGGAGCUGAUGAGGACCUUCACCCACUGGAGACUGCAGCACAGCGAAGCCAGGGAGCAGGCCCACAGUGCCCGGCUGGCAGAGCAGCACUACCGUCUGCAGCUGAAGAGGAAGGUGUGGGCAGGCUGGCACAACCUGGUCGAGGGGAGCUGGAAGGAGAAGGUGGAGAAGGCGUGCCGUGCCCGGGCAGAGGAGGUCUGUGUGCGCCUGUCAGCUGGCUAUGAGGACAAGAUGGCAGAGCACGUGGAAGCGCUGGAUGCUGCCCAGGCUGAGAUCCAGAGGCUGCACUCCGAGAGGGAGCGUUAUGAGGAGUCCAUGAAGAAGGCCUUUAUGAGGGGCGUGUGUGCCCUCAACAUGGAGGCUCUCAGCAUGUUCCACACUGGGGAGGGACGAGCGGAGCACGACCUGCACGAUGCUCCGCCCCCUCGGGAUGAUCCUGGCACCGGCUCAUUGGCCCAUCUCCAGCAAAGGCCUGCCUCCUCCACUCGGUUCAGCCCGGUCCACUUUGACCCCCCUGUACCACCGUCCCAGAGUGACACAGAGGAGACAGUGGGUUCCAAUGUCCCAGCCUCCAGAGUUGAGCUGUUCCCCUCCAGCACAGUGGUCCACAGCACCCUACCACCAGGGGGCACUGCAAGCUCCCACAGACAGGUCAGUACACGGGUGAUCACAUCGGGUCAACAGAAAGCCUCCAAAACCGUGACCGCUCGCAUCACGGCACGCGCCGAUCUCCGCGCUCCCAGCUCCGUACGUGCUCCCAGCAACCUCCAGGUCAUGGGUGUGGCUCCUCCAAUGAGCUCUGUCAUCGUGGAGCGCCAUCACCCCGUCACACAGCUCACGGUGGGUCAGGCCACCGCAGCUAAGUUCCCCCGCUCCUCCUCUCAGCAGGGCCAGGGACCCUACAGCAGCAAGAGUUCCUCCAGAACACACUCAGCCUACCACGUACACUCUAUCAAAGUGGUAGAGUAAACACACACACUCAACAAUAUCACCUAUGGUUAUAUGCAAAUACAAGUAGUCUUCCCGUACAUGACUUGGUCAUGUACACAAAUGAAUAUUCCCAAAUAUUCUACACAUACGUAACCACACACACACACACACGUUCACUACUAUGAGAGAACUAUGAAGGACCUGAACCAUUUCAGUGAGAACUAAGUUUAGGAUUACAGAAAAUAAUUUUUCAAAUGCAAUCAAUAAACAUGAUAACACUCUGGAAUGGAAGGUAGAAUGGUGACGGAUGGAAUUGCCUUGUCUUUUCAGAGCAUUUGGAUAAUGACUUUUUCACUAGUUUUACUUCUUAUUGUCAAUGACUGUUUUUGUAUUUUCUUCUGGUUUUUUAUUUGUUGUUUUUAAAUGAUGGAAAGUCAGUCUCUUGACUGUUGUGUGAAAUCGCGUAUUUGAAAUAAUAUUGUGUUGAGAACAACACUUGUGGUCAGGUUUUCAGGACUGUAUCAAGGCCAUAUGUUCAUGUUUUGGUCAAAAUCUGCACUAUAAACUUUUACGGUAAAUUCUUGAACAUGAAUAAAACAUGAAUUGCAAAUAUUCUCAGAAUAAUAAACCAUUCCCUAAUUAGA